AGGGGGGCGAAGAAGUCGGGUGUUGUGGGGUGGGAGUGAGUGAGGGGCUGAGGUUGUGGAAAAAGCAGUGGAAGGGAGAGGCUGUAGUUCCGAGUAGCCUUGGAACCAAGGGGAGGGAUCGAUCAAUUGCGAGCUCUAAGGACUAGGCAAGGGGGUGGGGUCCUGCUUCAUUUUUGAUGGGUGUUGAUCAGUUACCCAUAAAGUAAAGAAGGUACGGGGAGCGGGGGGAAUAGAGGUGGCGCGGAAAGCGACUGUGCAAGACUCUUGGGUGGGGUGAGUGCAAGAGCCGGCGGUCGUCCUGUGCGUGGGGAGGGGGGGAGCGUGGUGGAAAUCAGCUUGGAUAGAAAGGGUGAUUUCUUCUGAGCUUGAAUUUAAGAGAGAUAUACCGAGUGGUUGGGAAGGAAAAUGCGAUUUCUGCCUUUCCUGUCACACGUACGUUUUUGCUGGCCGGGGGGUAAAAUAAGCUGUCGGGGCGAGUUUCCUUGAAAUUUGCUCCAUUCGCACGCCUGCGGUUUGCCUGCUUGUGGUGCUGCAGCCUGGAAAGGGGGGUGGGGGGGAGAGUUUGCGGCUGAUGUAGGAUCGCUGUUGGGUUUCUCCUUUCUCCUUCCCCUUCCCCUUCCCCUUCAGCACGGAAAGAGGAGGAAGAAAGAGUCAAUCGGAGCCGUAGGGGGAAAAAAAACCAAGAACGUCCAUGGCCUCCAGAUCGCUCCGUUUUUGGACGAGGUGGAUAAUGAAAUCUUUGUUGCCACAGCUCUGACUACUUUUGAAUUUUAUUUGGGAACUAGCCAGGGUAUAUUCUUCCUGAAGUCGUUGAGCAUUUCACGGAAUUACCGCAAAGAAGAGAAUCUUCUCAUCUAACCUUUUAUAAUUCAGAUUUUUUUUUUGUUAAAAAAACGCUUCUAAAACAUGGAAAAUGAGAUAUUCACACCUCUUUUGGAGGUCUUCAUAUCCAGCCCACUUGUUACCUGGGUUAAGACAUUUGGACCGUUAGCUGGACAGAAUGCAACCAACUUGGAAGAAUAUGUUGCACUUCUAGAUGGAGUUUUCUUGAAUGAAGUCAUGCAGCAAAUAAACCCUAAAGCAGCCAGUCAAAGAAUAAAUAAGAAGGUCAACAAUGAUGCAUCACUUCGAAUUCAAAAUUUGUCUAUUUUAAUAAGGCAAAUUAAAUCAUAUUAUCAGGAGACAUUGCAGCAGUUGAUCUUGAUGCAUUUGCCAAAUGUUUUAAUAAUUGGAAAAAACCCCUUUUCAGAACAAGGGACUGAAGAAGUAAAAAAACUCCUUCUACUUCUGCUUGGCUGUGCUGUUCAGUGCCAGAAGAAAGAAGAAUUCAUUGAAAGAAUACAGAGUUUAGAUUUUGAUGUAAGAGCAGCUGUUGCCGCCCAUAUACAAGAGGUAACUCAUAAUCAGGAAAAUGUGUUUGAUCUCCAGUGGAUGGAUGACAAUGCUCUGGCACAAGAAUAUAUUGAACCUCUCCUAAAAAACAUGGCAUUGCAUUUAAAAAGACUUAUAGAUGAGCGAGAUGAGCAUUCUGAGACUAUCAUAGAGCUUUCUGAAGAAAGAGACUCUGUUCAUUUUCUACCUCAUGCAUCAGCAGCACAAUCACCUUGUGGAUCUCCAGGAAUGAAAUGCACUGAAAGUAGACAACACUUAUCAGUGGAAUUAGCAGAUGCCAAAGCAAAGAUUAGAAGACUUAGACAAGAGCUUGAGGAAAAAACUGAACAGUUGCUGGAUUGUAAACAAGAACUUGAACAGAUUGAAACUGAAUUAAAGCGACUGCAACAAGAGAAUAUGAGUUUACUUUCGGAUGCCCGAUCUGCCAGAGUGUAUCGGGAUGAACUUGAUGCUCUCAGAGAGAAGGCAAUCCGGGUUGACAAGCUAGAAAGUGAACUCAGCCGAUAUAAAGAAAGACUACAUGAUAUUGAAUUCUACAAGGCUAGAGUAGAGGAGCUGAAAGAAGAUAAUCAAGUAUUGCUGGAAACAAAGACAAUGUUGGAAGAUCAGUUAGAGGGAACCCGAGCCCGUUCUGAUAAAUUGCAUGAUUUGGAAAAGGAGAAUCUGCAAUUAAAGGCUAAAAUCCAUGAUAUGGAAAUGGAACAUGAUAUGGAUCGGAAGAAAAUUGAGGAACUUAUGGAGGAAAAUAUGUCACUAGAAAUGGCUCAGAAGCAAAGUAUGGAUGAAUCACUGCAUUUGGGCUGGGAACUUGAACAGAUAAACAGAUCAUCAGAAGUUUCUGAAGUGCCACAGAAGUCACUUGGUCAUGAAGUGAAUGAACUAACAUCAAGUAGAUUAUUAAAACUAGAAAUGGAAAACCAAACUUUAUUAAAAACAGUAGAAGAAUUACAAAAUGCAAUGGGUUCCAUAGAAGGCAGUAACUCAAAACUAAUGAAAAUGGAAAAGGAAAAUCAAAGGCUAAAUAAAAAGCUGGAAGGACUUAAGAAUGAAUUUACUGAAGAGAAACAAAGUCAUCAGAUUAGUCAGAAUCUUUGCAAAGAUCUUAUGAAAGAGAAAGCACAGCUUGAAAAAACGAUUGAAACUUUGAGAGAAAAUUCAGAGAGACAGAUUAAAAUCCUGGAACAGGAAAAUGAACACUUGAAUCAAACUGUAACUUCACUUAGACAGCGUUCACAAAUCAGUGCUGAAGCAAGAGUAAAAGAUAUUGAGAAGGAAAAUAAAAUUCUCCAUGAAUCUAUCAAGGAGACAAGCAGUAAAUUAAGUAAAAUAGAAUUUGAAAAGAAGCAAAUGAAAAAAGAGUUAGAACAUUAUAAAGAAAAGGGAGAAAGAAUGGAUGAACUGGAGAAAGAAGUUCAUCAUCUUGAAAAAGAAAAUGAACUAUUACAGAAAAGGAUUACUAACUUAAAAAUUACAUGUGAAAAAAUAGAUUCUUUAGAACAAGAGAAUUCCAGUCUAGAUGUUGAAAACAGAAAGCUGAAAAAGACUUUAGAUAGUCUGAAAAAUCUCAGCUUUCAGUUAGAGUCCUUAGAGAAAGAGAAUGCACAACUUGAUGAAGAAAACUUAGAACUCAGAAGAACUGUUGAAUCUUUGAAGAGUAUCAAUAUCAAGAUGGCUCAGUUACAACUAGAAAAUAAAGAGCUGGAAAGUGAGAAAAACCAGCUACAGAAGAGCCUGGAGCUUAUGAAAACAUCUUUUAAAAAGACAGAACGUUUAGAAGUAAGUUACCAAGGCUUGGAUACAGAAAAUCAAAGGUUGCAGAAAACCCUAGAAAACAACAGCAAAAAGAUUCAACAUCUAGAAAGUGAAUUACAAGAACUGGAGUCAGAAAAUCAAACCCUGCAAAAACAUCUGGAAGAACUCAAAAUCUCCAGUAAACGCUUAGAAAAAUUAGAAAAAGAGAAUAAACUUUUGGAGCAAGAAACCACCCAGCUGGAAAAAGAUAAGAAGCAGCUAGAGAAGGAGAAUAAAAGGCUCCGACAACAAGCAGAUAUUAUGGAUAGCACAUUAGAAGAAAAUAAUGUGAAAAUAGGUCACCUGGAAAAAGAGAACAAGUCACUCUUUAAAGAAAUUGGAGUAUGUAAAGAAGCAUCUAUUCGUCUAAAGGAAAUGGAAAAGGAAAAUAAAGAGCUUGUAAAAAGAGCCACCAUUGACAAAAAAACACUUGUCACAUUACGUGAGGAUUUGGUAAGUGAAAAACUGAAGACCCAGCAGAUGAAUAAUGACUUAGAAAAGCUUACACAUGAACUUGAAAAGAUAGGCUUAAACAAGGAACGCCUCUUACAUGAUGAGCAGAAUACUGAUGACAGUAAAUACAAACUUUUGGAGUCAAGAUUAGAGUCUACACUGAAGAAAUCACUUGAAAUAAAAGAAGAAAAAAUUGCUUCUUUGGAAGCACGAUUAGAAGAAUCAACAAAUCUAAACCAACAGCUCCGCCAGGAGCUUAAGACAGUGAAAAAGAAUUAUGAAGCCCUCAAGCAAAGACAAGAGGAGGAGAAAAUGGUACAGAGUUGUUCUUCAAAACUUGAUGAAGAAAGUCAGCCUGUCAAUAAAUGGGAAAGAGAGAAUCAGGAAACUACUAGAGAACUUUUGAAAGUUAAAGACAGAUUAAUUGAAAUUGAAAGAAAUAAUGCAACUCUGCAGGCAGAGAAGCAAGCCCUGAAAACGCAACUAAAGCAACUUGAGACACAGAAUAAUAAUUUGCAAGCUCAGAUUUUAGCACUUCAAAGACAAACUGUUUCCUUACAGGAGCAAAAUACAACCUUGCAAACUCAAAAUGCCAAGCUUCAGGUGGAGAAUUCAGCAAUUAAUUCACAAAGUACAUCACUUAUGAACCAGAACGCACAGCUGUUGAUUCAACAGUCUACCUUAGAAAAUGAAAAUGAGUCCAUAAUAAAGGAACGAGAAGACUUGAGAUCAUUUUAUGAUUCUCUAAUCAAAGAUCAUGAAAAAUUGGAACAACUUCAUGAGCGGCAAGCAGCUGAAUAUGAAUCUCUCAUUUCUAAGCAUGGAAACCUCAAAUCUGUACAUAAGAAUCUUGAGGUAGAACAUAAAGAUUUAGAAGACAGAUACAAUGCAUUACGUCAGCAAAAAGUACAGCUAGAAGAAUUGGAAAACGUUCUCAAAGUGGAGCAAGAGAAGAUGCUUCAGCAAAACAAGAAACAUGAAACAGUCGCAGUGGAAUACAAAAAGCUUUGUGAAGAAAAUGAUAGAUUAAACCAUACAUACGUACAACUUUUGAAAGAGAAUGAAGUUCUUCAAGUUGAUCAUAAGAAUUUGAAAACUUUACUAAACAGUUCUAAACUAGAGCAAACGCGACUGGAGGCUGAAUUUUCUAAACUUAAAGAACAGUAUCAACAACUAGACAUUACUCAUACAAAAUUAAACAAUCAGUGUGAGCUGCUUAGCCAACUAAAAGGGAACUUAGAAGAAGAAAACAGACAUCUACUGGACCAAAUACAGACUUUAAUGCUACAAAACAGAACACUUUUGGAACAGAAUAUGGAAAGCAAAGAUCUCUUCCAUGUUGAGCAAAGGCAGUAUAUUGACAAGCUAAAUGAAUUGAGAAGACAAAAAGAAAAAUUAGAAGAAAAGAUUAUGGAUCAGUAUAAAUUCUAUGAACCAUCUCCCCCUAGAAGGAGAGGCAACUGGAUUACUCUGAAAAUGAGGAAAUUGAUAAAAUCAAAGAAAGAUGUCAACCGAGAACGCCUCAAAUCUCUGACUCUGACACCAACCCGCUCAGAAUCUAGUGAAGGAUUUCUUCAGCUGCCACAUCAAGAUAGUCAAGAUAGUUCCUCUGUGGGCUCAAAUUCACUUGAAGAUGGCCAGACAGUGGGGACUAAAAAAAGCAGCAUGGUUGCACUGAAAAGACUGCCCUUUUUGAGGAACAGACCGAAGGAAAAAGACAAAAUGAAGGCCUUCUACCGUCGCUCCAUGUCAAUGAAUGACCUGAUGCAGUCCAUGGUCUUAGCAGGAGGACAAUGGAUAGGUAGUUCUGAGCAUCUGGAAGGUCCUGAUGAUAUAUCUACGGGUAAAAGGAGAAAAGAAUUGGGAUCUAUGGCCUUCUCUACUACAUCCAUCAACUUUGCAACUGUCAACUCUGCUGCAGGCUUGAGAUCCAAGCAGUUGCUUAAUAAUAAAGAUACAACAUCUUUUGAAGAUGUAAGUCCACAAGGAAUUAGUGAUGAUUCUAGUACAGGUUCAAGAAUUCAAGCUUCCAGACCAGCCAGCCUUGAUAGUGGCAGAACAUCAACUAGCAAUAGCAACAAUAAUGCUUCACUCCAUGAAGUCAAAGCAGGUGCAAGUAACAACCAAAGCAGGCCUCAAAGCCACAGUAGUGGAGAAUUUAGCCUACUUCAUGAACACGAAGCAUGGUCCAGCAGUAGCAGCAGCCCUAUACAGUAUCUGAAAAGCCACGCUAAGUCUAGUCCCCUGCUUCAUCAUACAAUGUCAGAAAAAAUGGAUAAACAAGGACUGUGGAGAAUUAAAACUGAAUCCCCUGGAAGUGAAAUGGUUACUUUGCAGCAGUUUCUGGAAGAAAGUAAUAAAGUUACUUCGGCUGAGCUGAAGUCUUCAAGCAAAGAUAAUCUUUUGGAUGAAGUAAUGAAAUUUUUUUCUGAAAAUGUUGAAUUAACAGGAAGAGAGAAGCUAAGCAAACAGACAUCAGGCAUUAGUGGUAUUGUCAGAUCGCAGAGUGUAAAAAAUACAACAGAAUUAUCUGAUGGAAAGUUAAGUAAGCAAGAACCUCUUGCAAGGCUCAGUUUAAAUAGAACAGAAGAUUCUAAAGAUCUGAACUCUUCAAAGACAUAUGCUGCAGGCACUAAGGGGAGGGCCAGGUCUGUUAAAGAAAAUGUCCAGUCACAACGACAAUCAAAAGACUGCAAUCCUUAUGCUACUUUACCUCGUGCAAGCAGUGUGAUUUCAACAGCAGAAGGAACUACUCGGAGGACAAGUAUCCAUGAUUUUUUAUCUAAGGACACUAGGCAGCCGAUAUUUGUUGAUCCAACUCCAGCUACAGCUGACCAAAGUGUUAUAACAUCUUCGAAUGUGGAAGCAAAACCAGAAAAAAGAAAUUCAAAAAGCAGUUGUAGGGAGCAAGAAAGCUCCUAAUUCAAUUGCCCCUACAACAUGAGAUGUGGGCCAAGUGGUGAGUUUUUUGCCCAACAUGUAAAUGAGAUCAUUUUCAUUUACAGAGGAGGGGAAGAAAUUAAUAUUAACAAAUAAGAACACAUGCACACUGCAUUAACAAUUGUCAGUAGUGCUGGACUAAGUAGAUUGCUAUCUUGCCUAUUGCUCAAGCCAAAUGAGAGCAGCACAUUUAAUUUUAUCUGCCAGGCAAGGAAUAUCCACUCUUAAAUUUAUCUUCUUUUCCCUGUUAAAAACUAAAAUAUUUCUCCAAAAUUCUAUCAGUGUAUAUAUAGUACCAAAUCAUUAUCUGAAUAUUGAUUUAUUGUUGUUUGUGUUUUCUGUAUUGUAUUGAUAUAGUCUUUUUGAAGCAGGGCUCAUGUUUAUUGUUGUGUCUGAAGAACCAGCUAAUCUGAGUGUCCCUUUGAUGAUACUGUAUUUUAUCUAAAUACUUGGGUACCCAUUACAUUUCAGUGAGAGAUAGCAACGUAUGAUCAGGGCAACUCAGAUUCUGUGCCAAGAACAGCAGGAUACUAUAGUUUGUAUUAUGUAAGCAGAAUGCCUCUUAGUUGAAGUGCCUGCUAUUUUUAUUAUUUUGCAUAAUUCUGUUCUUACUAUGUAAAAGAUGAUAGGAAUACAUGGACCAUUUCUUGUUACGGUUCGUAAAAAAACGUAUUUUCAGUAUAUCUCUGCUGUUCUAAGGACUAGAAACGUCCUUCCAGUAUUUCUCCUUACUGACUUUUUUCACUUUUAGACAGAGUUGUAGCUUAUGUUCAGCUCUGUAUAUGAUGCAUGUAUAAGCAAAGAAAAUCAAAUGGCUUAGGCUGCAAUCCUAUAUAGAGAACAUCAGAUUCAACACAGUAGGAAUCACUUCUAUAAUUUAACCCAAUAUAAUCUUUGUAGUUUCUUACAACCAGAAGAUGGUGCUAUAUAGUAUUUGCUAUAUACAUUUUUCCAUUUCUUCUUGUUGCUGCUUAAACUGCUUCUAUUGCAUCUUGUUAGUUCUUCUAGUAACUACUUUUUAGAUCUCUUCUAUAGCUAAGCUUUUCUUACAUUUUAUCUUCUUCUCUUUCUGCUUUUUAAUUGAACACAGAGAGAAAAGUGUCCUUCAGUAUCUCAAUUAUGAAGCCUUUAUUUCUGAAGUAACAAGGUGUCCGGCUAUAGGAGUCAUGCUUUAAAAAAAUGUUCAAAGUUUUUACAGUCCUUCAUGAAUAGAGCAGUCAAGAAAUGCACAUCUUAUUUCCUUGAAUCAAGGAACUGUACCAGCAGCUGCUGCUGAUUUUUUAAAAAAGACAGACUAUAUUGCACAUUGCACUGUUAUGAUCUCUGAGUAAAGGAGAAUUUUCAUCUCUCUGAGGACCAAGGGUUGUGCAGUCUCAAGAAUUACUUCAGGAACACAAUUACUAUGUUCUUGUUCCUUUAUGAACAUAGUAAUCAGUUGCUUAUUACUUCUGCUCUGUUUAGCAUUUAGUUCUGUAAAUCUGAAAUGAGGAAAGUCUAUUGUAAAUUGUGGAAUUUGUUGUAAAUACAGGUAGGAAAAAGACCUCCACAAGUAUCUUGUCAUUUCAGUCUUAUUGGUGUGCAUGAUGUUACUCUUAGGAAAACAAGAAUGCUGAUUAUUUUGAUGUAUAUGGCAAGAAUAAUUCAGUUAGGUACUUCAAAACAUAAUAUUUUAAUCCACUCUCAGAUUAAUCAAUCUUUUCCAUGUACUUUCUUUACCACAGAAAUACAGCCAUUGGGGGAGGGGACAACAAAAAGAUGAUAAAAAAACUAUUUCUGAAAUUUUGAAAUUGAAUUAAAUCAAUUUUGUUUUCAACAGAUACCAUCCAGAAUAAACUUAUAUUAAAUAUUUAAUGUAUAUUUUUAAUUUGAUAUUUUGAGAUAAAUAAUGGCUUUGAAAGUGUUUAUAGGGAAAGAUCAUCAUAAACAUUUUUCAAGCUGUUUUUAAUUACUUACUAAUGUUGUCCUAUUUUUAUUUCUUAUAAUAUGCAUUAAGGCUGAUUAAAAUAGUUGAUACUUUCUUAAUAUUUAUAUGCAAACAAUACAGGAAAUUAGAUUUGGUUAAUCUUUGCAGAUGUACAAGGGUUUCUGGUUUCUAUUAAAUUUCAAAGUUUAUUUUCUUACAAGCCACUAAAUUAUUAAUAUUUCCAUGAUAUGUAUCAUAUUUAACCUUAUAUGUUUUAUUUAAUCUUGUUAAUGUAUGUGUAUCUUUAAUCCCAUUAUUUGUAUCUCAGCCAAAUUAGUCACAACUAGAAUUGCAAUAUCUUGUUUGAAUUGGGCCUACUACCUAUACAUUGUAUAUUUUUUAAAAAAAGGGAAACAUUAUUAUACUCCCCAGGAUUUUGCUGACAAUCAGUGUUAUUUCUAUUAGGUAACAAUAAAUUCUACUCUUUUCUGUGCCAAAUGAAUAGCAACUACAGAGCUACAGGGGUCAGAUAAAACAACUAGAAAUACAUUGAGAGCAAUACAAUGUAUAAUCUUGUAACAGUUGUGCCUGAGUAGGUUUAUUCCUGACCAAUAUAACAAAUCAAGCCAUUAUCCAUUCCUAAUCUGGCUUUGACAGAAAACAAUUAAAUGAAAGAUUGGGUUCACACAACCCACAAAGGUAAAGUAUAGAUGUGUAAUAGGUGAUUCGGUCUUGUGCACAUCCAGCCAAUGUAGUUAGUUCAUUACACCGUACACACCCGGACAGUUGGGUUAAUUCAAUGAAAUGGGUUAGUAUGUUGCAAAAUUACAGCCAUAAAAUUUAUAGUGUAUGAUAGGCUCUCCCCAAUUUUAAUGUGGGGAAAAAACUUACCUUAGGCAUAUGAAAAUUCUAGAACAAUCUGUAUUGUUUAAUUUAGUCUAUGGUAGCAUCUCAUUAUCUAAGUUAGCUAAUAUCUAUCAGUACAAUACUUUUCAUGUUUUAGUAUUAAAUGUGAAUCCAGCUUGGCCGUAUGGAGGGAAGAUUCUAUAUAAACAUCCCUAUACUGUACAACAUCUUCAAUGAGAAGAAAAUAAAAUCACUAAAAUUGAUCAUGCGUGUAUAAAUAUUGGGCACACUGAAGGACCUGAAAAUUGAUAAACAAUCAUAGAAGGAUGAACAUAAAGGCCAGAGUAGAUGAGCUUGUGACCACCUUCAUUUCUCAGAAGAGUUCUUUGGAAAUACAGGGCAGAAAGUCUUUCAGACAGUUCCAACUUACUGAAUAGAAAAAGUAAUUUGAACAAAUAAAUCCUAAAGUAUAAGCCUCCCAGGUAGCAUUGUCUAUCUAGGUAAGAAUGACAUUACACUUAACUUGGAUAGGUUCUAUUCUGUCAUGAUGAAGAAUUGAAAACUCAGAUGGCCAAGAGCCAACUCACAUGAUCAUGUACAGUGGCUAUUUUACACUGUGCACAGCAAUAUGAGAUACUUUCAUUUUUAUUUAUUGAUGAAAUGUCUAUCCAGAGGUUCUCAAAUUGACUUUCAUCAUUAUUAUUUAUUAUAUUUUUGAUUUAUACUCUGCCUUCUCAAGUAAGUUAAGGCAGCUAACAUUUUUUUGAAAAAUACAAAAGACAAAUUCAUAUUGAUGCUAAAAUUAAUUAACAAUCAGGAACCUAAUGAAGGAGAUGCACCUAAUGAGCAUUUGACAAUUUUCAAUACCAGUACCAUGAAAAUACCAAAGCAGUUGUACUAAAUCAGGUUAAAUCUAGCUUAGAUGAAUAAAAAGCUGGCACUGAAAAGAUUUGUAUGCAACCCUCUUUGUAAAGAGCACUCUAAUGUUGGGGCCUCUUCAGUUGUGCUAUUCUUUCUUGGGUCACCAAUGUUGUUACCUGCAGAUGUGGAGAUGUGGGAACCUGAAAACUCAUCUUAACAUUGGGCAGAGUGAUGGUUCUAAUCUUGGCAGUACAUCUGAAUAGUUACUAAGUAGCCCUACAAAUAUGUUUUGUAUGAAUUACCUUCAGAGUGUUUGCAGCUUUGGGGAACAAUCGUCUACCUUUCAAGCAUUUAUUUCUGACUGCACCUAUUUUCUUGAUUUUUCAGUUUUGUAUUUGAUUCAUAUUUGGAUUUGGAUUUAAGUAGAGACACAUUGUUUUUCUACAGACAAUUUUAAGUAACACAAGUGACACUUCUCUGGUGUAAUGAAGAUGAUCAAGAGCAUAAUAUUAUUCAUGCAAGGCUUGCCUAGGAAAAAUUAGUAAUAGAUUAUGUCUUUUUCAUGAUUUGAUUUUGGCAGUAGGUUUGGUUUAGCAUUACAAGGUUAUAUAUGUAUAUUUUAACAUAAUCCCUUGCUAAAACUGAAACUACCAUCUUCUUUAAUGAAGCCUCUGAUAUUUCUGGACAGGGAGUAUGAGACUUGUAAGCUAUAUGUAAUUUGUUUUUAUAGCUCUUCUUAACAGAUGUAUUUUGUGAAAAGCCAGAUGAUUUUCUGUUGAUAACUUAGGAGAAAAGAGCCUUGAUACAGGUAUUCUACAGGAAAACCAAAGCCUUGUUUUUAGCUUUCCUUUCCAGGGCACAUUUGAAGAAUAUAACUGGCUUUCCUGAUCUGUCUAGAUUUCACAGGUUCUUAAUCUAAAGAAAGUUAAAAUGUAUGCCAUAGUUCUUUGUCCCAAUUUUAGUUAACAUGGUUAAUAAAAACACUUUUUAAAAAUAUAGAAAUCUGUAACAGUGUCAGAAAUAAUGUGUCACUUUGAAAUCCCAUCACCUUUAGGACUAAAUGCAAGGGCUUUUUCUUUGUACAUGAGUGUUCAGCAGUUGCAAAGUAAAAGUUGCAAAUUUGCUAUAAUACAAUGAAAAUAUUCCCACUCUGUUGCUGCUGAUUGCUAAGGCUACAAUCAUUCUUUCCAGAAUGCAUUAUUUCUUAAAAUGUUUUGUAUUUUGAGAGAUGGCACAGCUCCAGCAUGGGGCCAAUGUAAGUUCUCUGUAAACUUUAUUGUAUUGUGUAUAGCUCAAACAUUGUUCAGAAUGGAACUGCCUUAAAAGGAGAAACAGCACAUGGCUGUGACACAAAUUAAACACUGUUAUACAGAAACUGUUAUUUGAAGUUGUAACUUCCUUUUCUUAUACCUAUUAAGGAGUUUUGUAAUGUUUGCCAUUGUACACUACUUAUGUUAUUAAAAUUUGAAACAAAAUAACCUGUCAACUUUCUCUUAUUUUGAAAGAUCCUUGUUUGGUCCUCUAGAAGAAAAAUCACUUUGCAUAUAUAGAGUUUUAUGAGUUUUCCUAAAACUCUGUAUUGGAAAAAAUGUAUUACAAUUUUUGGUGUGUUUAUAGGAUCUUUUGAGGAACACACUUGACCCUUUUGGAGGGGUGAGAGCCACAAUGGAGUGAUGACACAAAGUAGGUGGGGCCACAUCACACAUGAUCAGGGCUGGGGUCUUUUCUCUUUUGUUCAGGUUUUGGGGAAGAGUGUUAGGUUUAGGUUUAUUUAUCUUAUUUAUCACAUUUGUAUAGCCACCCAUCUCACAUAGUGAUUUUGGAUGGUGUGCAUAUGUACAAAGUACAUAAAAACCACAAUUUAACAUUUUUUAAAAAGCUAAAAAACAAGAGACAGAAUGGCAUCCAAGCAUAGAAGAGUGCUACCAGUUAACUAUCAUACAGUCAUCUAACAGGCUGCACUCUAUCACAGGAUCCCCAAGCUCAUUGGCAAAACCAAGUUGGGGCUUGUCUUUGUGUGUUUGUUUGCCUGCUUGCUUUCCUGCCUAACUUUCGUGUUACACUUAUUCUAGAGCUUUAUAAAAUUUGAAAAACAUUAAAGCCUGUCUCCAGUUAUAUAGCAUGACAUGUUCUAGGACACUCAGAGUUCUUGUUCCUCUACUGCUUGGUCCACAUAAGAGUUACAAAGAAAGUAUCUUAUUUGAUUAUCUAAAUUCAUUUUGGUAACUGAAAAUAAACCUGCACCAAACAACUCAAAGGAUUGUUAGCUGCUAAUGCCACCUGAUUUGGAUACAUUAUGCAAAUAUCUAGCUCUCUGGA